AGUCUUCUAAAAGGAUGCUGGGUGCUGCGGGAGAAAGGAAAGUGGCUGCCUUGGAGGCAAGAAGCUGACAGGCGAGAUGCUUAAUUAUCGUGGAAGUAAGUGCUUGUUACUGUGGAGUACAGCAUGCAGUGAGCGGGUCCUCCUUGGUGUCAGAGUGGGAUUUGUAGACAAUGCCGCCUUGUCAGCUCAGUGCUGGGUCAGCAGCAUCUUUCCAAACAAGGAUCUGGCAAGAAUUUAAAGGCCACCUCUUGUGUAAUUUACGGAGUCUUGGAAAAGGAUCUGCUGCCUUUCUUUUCAAGAUGUACGCAACCAUGCAGGAUUUCGUAGUCCGAAUCUAUCCCUGCUGUCUUCUGCCUGACGUGCUCAUGAGGAAGUUCGUUUUCCUGAUCGUCACCUGGAAAGAUGCUAACAGUUGUCUGUAAUCUUUGGGGAGACAUGGAGAGGGCUGCUCAGAGCAGCGUUUUGUUUCUGCCGUCAUCAUAAAUUAAUGUUGAUGGGAUGGAGGAGAUGGCACUGCUUAAGGAAAUACAGGCAUUUUGUGAAGUAGUAAAGGACUUGCAUCUUUAAGAGUAGGUGAAACUAGGGAGAGCUUGAGAAGAGGUGACAGUGAAUGUUGGAUUUACUCUGCAAUAUUCCUUGGCUGGAGAAAGCAUGGGAUUAUGGCAUUCACAGACUCCCAGUAAGACAAGUUCCAUUCAGUUUUUUCUGAAAGACAGCCAUCUAUUAAAGUGAAGCAAAGGAACUCUUGUGGAUUACAAUGUUUUGAAGAUCUGGAUUUUCAGUGAUUUGAAAAUAAGGCAUCAUUUAACCUUGUAAAUGAAAAAGCUUAAGACCUCAUACAACUGCUGUAUUUUCUGGAAACUGUUCUCCAAAACGGAAGUACACAUUUGAAAUAUAGAUAUGAUGGUCCCUUCUGCAGGGAUUUAAUUCUAAUUACUUUUACAUCAUGACCAGUUUGAAACGGUCACAGACAGAAAGGCCUAUUGCCACUGACAGGGCUUCUGUUGUUGGUACAGAUGGCCCCCCCAAAGUCCACACUGAUGACUUCUACAUGCGUCGCUUCCGGUCCCAGAAUGGCAGCUUAGGAUCAUCAGUUAUGACUCCUGUAGGGCCCCCUCGAAGUGAAGGUUCUCACCAUAUAACCUCGACUCCUGGAGUCCCCAAGAUGGGGGUUAGGGCAAGGAUUGCAGAUUGGCCUCCAAGAAAGGAAAACAUAAAAGAAUCGAGCCGUUCAAGCCAGGAAAUAGAAACCUCAAAUUGCCUUGAGAGCAUGUCCUCCAAAAGCAGUCCUGUGAGUCAGGGAAGUUCUGUUAGCCUAAAUUCCAAUGACUCAGCCAUGCUGAAGAGCAUACAGAGCACACUGAAGAGCAAGACCAGACCAUCGGAGAACAUGGACUCCCGAUUCCUCAUGCCUGAAGCCUAUCCCAGCUCCCCCAGGAAAGCCCUUCGCAGAAUAAGGCAGCGGAGCAACAGUGACAUCACCAUAAGUGAACUUGACGUGGAUAGCUUUGAUGAGUGUGUCUCACCCACAUACAAGACUGGGCCGUCACUGCACAGGGAAUAUGGUAGCACAUCUUCCAUUGACAAGCAGGGAACAUCUGGGGAAAGCUUUUUUGAUUUGUUAAAGGGCUACAAAGAUGACAAAUCUGAUCGAGGUCCAACUCCAACCAAGCUCAGUGACUUUCUCAUCACCGGUGGGGGCAAGGGUUCUGGCUUCUCUUUGGAUGUUAUUGAUGGGCCAAUUUCACAAAGAGAGAACCUCAGGCUUUUUAAGGAAAGGGAAAAACCACUCAAGCGGCGUUCCAAGUCUGAAACUGGAGAUUCAUCCAUUUUUCGUAAAUUACGCAAUGCCAAAGGUGAAGAACUUGGGAAAUCGUCGGACCUUGAAGACAACCGAUCAGAAGAUACUGUCAGGCCUUGGACAUGUCCAAAGUGCUUUGCCCACUAUGAUGUCCAGAGCAUAUUGUUUGAUUUGAAUGAGGCGAUUAUGAACAGGCACAAUGUUAUUAAAAGGAGAAACACUACCACAGGAGCUUCAGCAGCUGCCGUGGCAUCCUUGGUCUCUGGACCUUUAUCCCAUUCAGCCAGUUUCAGCUCACCAAUGGGCAGUACAGAGGACCUGAAUUCCAAAGGAAGCCUUGGCAUGGACCAGGGAGACGAUAAAAGCAAUGAACUUGUAAUGAGCUGUCCAUAUUUUCGGAAUGAGAUAGGUGGAGAAGGUGAAAGGAAAAUCAGCCUAUCCAAGUCGAAUUCUGGCUCGUUUAGUGGGUGUGAAAGUGCCUCCUUUGAGUCUACCCUCAGCUCCCAUUGCACAAACGCUGGAGUGGCAGUACUUGAAGUGCCCAAGGAAAACUUGGUGUUACAUCUAGAUAGAGUGAAAAGAUACAUCGUGGAACAUGUAGACCUCGGUGCCUACUAUUAUAGGAAAUUUUUCUACCAGAAGGAACACUGGAACUAUUUUGGGGCUGAUGAGAAUCUUGGUCCGGUGGCUGUGAGCAUCCGAAGGGAAAAACCAGAAGAAAUGAAAGAAAAUGGAUCUCCAUACAACUACAGAAUAAUUUUUAGAACUAGUGAGCUCAUGACAAUGAGAGGCUCUGUCCUGGAAGAUGCCAUUCCCUCCACGGCAAAGCACUCAACAGCCAGAGGGCUGCCUCUGAAAGAGGUGUUGGAGCACGUGAUCCCCGAGCUCAAUGUCCAGUGCCUGCGACUGGCCUUCAACACUCCCAAAGUCACAGAGCAGCUCAUGAAGCUGGAUGAGCAAGGGCUGAACUAUCAGCAGAAGGUAGGCAUCAUGUACUGCCGAGCUGGCCAGAGCACUGAAGAAGAGAUGUACAACAAUGAAUCAGCGGGCCCUGCCUUUGAAGAGUUUCUUCAGCUCUUGGGAGAACGAGUUCGCCUAAAAGGAUUUGAGAAGUAUCGUGCACAGCUUGACACCAAAACUGACUCCACUGGAACCCAUUCUCUGUACACAACAUACAAAGACUAUGAAAUUAUGUUCCAUGUUUCUACCAUGCUCCCGUACACACCUAACAACAAGCAACAGCUCCUACGGAAGCGGCACAUUGGCAAUGACAUUGUAACAAUCGUUUUCCAAGAGCCCGGAGCACAGCCAUUUAGCCCAAAAAACAUUCGGUCUCACUUUCAGCAUGUUUUCGUCAUUGUCAGGGCUCACAGCCCCUGUACUGACAGUGUCUGCUACAGUGUGGCCGUCACCAGGUCAAGAGAUGUGCCUUCCUUUGGACCACCCAUCCCUAAAGGGGUCACUUUCCCCAAGUCAAAUGUGUUCAGGGACUUCCUUUUGGCCAAAGUGAUAAAUGCAGAAAAUGCUGCUCAUAAAUCAGAAAAGUUCCGGGCCAUGGCAACUCGGACCCGCCAGGAAUACCUGAAAGAUCUGGCAGAAAAGAAUGUCACCAACACGCCUAUUGACCCUUCUGGCAAGUUUCCAUUCAUCUCUCUGGCCUCAAAGAAGAAGGAAAAGUCGAAGCCAUAUCCAGGAGCUGAGCUCAGUAGCAUGGGGGCCAUUGUGUGGUCAGUCCGGGCCAAAGACUACAACAAGGCUAUGGAAAUAGACUGCCUUCUUGCGAUCUCCAAUGAGUUCAUCAUCCUCAUUGAACAGGAAACAAAGAGCGUGGUUUUCAAUUGUUCCUGCAGAGAUGUGAUAGGGUGGACUUCAACUGACACCAGCCUCAAAAUCUUCUAUGAGCGAGGAGAGUGUGUGUCAGUGGAGAGCUUCCUUAGCAAUGAGGAUAUCAAAGAGAUUGUCAAAAGACUACAGUUUGUUUCAAAAGGUUGUGAAUCUGUGGAAAUGACUCUGCGCAGGAAUGGGCUAGGACAGCUUGGCUUCCAUGUGAACUACGAGGGCAUCGUGGCAGAUGUGGAACCCUAUGGCUAUGCCUGGCAGGCAGGGCUGAGGCAGGGCAGUCGCCUGGUGGAGAUCUGCAAGGUGGCAGUGGCCACCCUGAGCCAUGAACAGAUGAUUGAUCUCCUGAGAACAUCCGUCACGGUGAAAGUUGUCAUCAUUCCCCCCCAUGAUGACUGUACCCCACGGAGGAGUUGCUCAGAAACCUACCGCAUGCCAGUGAUGGAGUACAAAAUGAACGAAGGUGUUUCAUAUGAGUUCAAGUUUCCCUUCCGAAAUAAUAACAAGUGGCAGCGGAAUGCCAACAAAGGGUCUCAUUCACCUCAAGUCCCAUCCCAGGUGCAGAGUCCCAUGACCUCCCGGCUGAGUGCUGGGAAAGGAGACGGGAAGAUGCCUCCUCCAGAAAGAGCUGCCAACAUUCCUCGAAGCAUCUCCAGUGAUGGGCGCCCACUGGAGAGACGGCUGUCUCCUGGUUCGGACAUCUAUGUGACAGUCUCAUCCAUGGCUUUAGCAAGAUCCCAAUGUCGUAACUCCCCUAGCAACCUGUCUUCAUCCAGCGAGACUGGCUCUGCGGGGGGCACCUACAGACAAAAAUCCAUGCCUGAAGGGUUUGGAGUGAGUCGCAGAUCUCCAGCCUCCAUCGACAGGCAGAACACCCAGUCAGACAUUGGUGGCAGUGGAAAAUCCACACCCAGCUGGCAAAGAAGUGAGGAUAGCAUUGCUGACCAAAUGGAGCCUACAUGCCAUCUCCCAGCAGUAUCAAAGGUACUGCCAGCUUUCCGAGAGAGCCCCAGUGGGAGAUUAAUGCGGCAGGAUCCUGUGGUCCAUUUGUCUCCAAACAAACAAGGGCAUUCUGAUAGCCACUACUCAAGCCACUCCAGUAGCAAUACCCUUUCCAGCAAUGCAUCGAGUGCCCACAGCGACGAGAAGUGGUAUGAUGGGGACCGUCCAGAAUCUGAACUCAACAGCUAUAACUAUCUGCAGGGCACCUCUGCUGACAGUGGUAUCGACACCACCUCCUAUGGCCCCAGCCACGGUAGCACAGCCUCCCUGGGGGCAGCCACCUCGUCGCCCCACUCGGGGCCAGGCAAGGAGAAAGUGGCUCCCCUGUGGCACAGCUCCAGUGAAGUGCUCUCCAUGGCAGAUCGGACUUUAGAGACAGAGAGCCACAGCACGGACCGGAAAACAGAGUCCUCCCUGAGCCUGGACAUCCACAGCAAGGGCCAAGGUGGCUCGAGCCCUCUGACAAGGGAAAACAGCACUUUCAGUAUAAACGAUGCUGCUUCCCACACCAGUACCAUGAGCUCCCGUCACUCUGCCAGCCCAGUCGUUUUCUCCAGUGCUAGAAGUUCACCUAAAGAAGAGCUUCAUCCUGCCACCUCCUCGCAGCUCGCACCUUCCUUCUCCUCUUCCUCCUCCUCCUCCUCUGGUCCUAGGACUUUCUACCCUCGUCAAGGAGCUACUAGCAAGUACCUGAUUGGAUGGAAAAAACCUGAAGGAACUAUUAACUCCGUGGGAUUUAUGGACACAAGAAAGCGUCAUCAGAGUGAUGGAAAUGAGAUAUCCCACACCAGGCUGCGUGCCUCAACGAGGGACCUCCGGGCAUCUCCCAAGCCAAUCUCCAAGUCCACCAUUGAGGAGGAUCUAAAGAAACUCAUUGACCUUGAAAGCCCAACUCCUGAAUCACAGAAGAACUUUAAGUUCCACGCGCUAUCCUCUCCUCAGUCUCCUUUCCCCCCGACCCCCACCUCACGGCGAGCCUUGCACAGGACGCUGUCAGAUGAGAGCAUUUACAGUGGUCAGAGGGAGCACUUCUUCACCUCAAGGGCUUCGCUUCUGGACCAAGCCCUGCCCAACGACGUCCUUUUCAGCAGCACAUACCCAUCUCUCCCCAAAUCCCUCCCGCUGCGGAGACCAUCUUACACUUUAGGAAUGAAGUCGUUGCAUGGAGAGUUCUCUGCCUCAGACAGCUCCCUCACUGACAUCCAGGAGACCCGAAGGCAGCCCAUGCCUGACCCUGGCCUGAUGCCCCUGCCUGACACUGCCGCAGAUUUGGAUUGGUCCAACUUGGUAGAUGCUGCCAAAGCAUAUGAGGUCCAGAGAGCCUCAUUUUUUGCUGCUAGUGAUGAAAACCAUCGGCCCCUGAGUGCAGCAUCCAACAGUGAUCAGCUUGAGGAACAGGCUCUGGUCCAGAUGAAGUCAUACAGCAGUAAGGAUUCCUCUCCCACUCUGGCUUCUAAAGUGGAUCAGUUGGAAGGUAUGCUGAAGAUGCUUCGUGAAGAUUUAAAGAAGGAGAAGGAAGACAAGGCUCACCUUCAGGCCGAAGUCCAGCACUUGCGUGAGGACAACUUGAGGUUGCAGGAGGAGUCACAGAACGCCUCAGACAAGCUGAAGAAGUUCACAGAGUGGGUGUUCAACACCAUAGAUAUGAGCUAGGGACAGCUGAGGGGAGAGGAGAAGGGCACGCCGUGUUCUCUAGUAAGCCCCUGAAGCCCCUCAUUCAUGCCUUGGAAAGCAUUCUCAGAGCAGCUUCCUCAGCUUCCCACUUGGCCCCCUUUUGGGGAGUGCACAACACAAUUGCAGAUCAACAAUCAUUAUCUGCCUUUUGUAGAAAAGCAAAACAAAAAAGUAAAUAAAAAAUUUUAAAAAGUAAAAUAAAA